AUGUCAGCAUCAAAAAUAAUUUCAUCUCAAUGUAAAAUUUGUGGAGUUCCUACUACUCAUUUUUAUUUUGGUGUUAAAUCUUGUGAAUCAUGUAAAAUAUUUUUCAAACGAAAUGCUGAAAAUCGAAGGAUGAAACUGAAAUGUCCUUACUAUGGUCAAUGUGACAUAAAUAUUCAUACUCGUCAUGCAUGUGCUUCAUGUCGAUUAGAAAAAUGCCUUAAUGUUGGAAUGUGUGUUGAAUUGAUUCGAUGUUCACACGGCAAGAAGAAAAAAAAAUCCACUACAUCAUUACCAUUAGUUCCACUAGUGAAUCGGAAAAUUGAACAAUCACAAAAGUUAAUAACAUUAAAUUUACUUGAAAGAGAUCAAUCAUUAUUAACUAUUGAUCAAUGGAUUCUUCUAUCUAAUUUAAUUCAUUCAUAUGACGAACAUAAUGCAUUAGCAGUUGUAAAAAAGUUUGCAACAAAUAUAAAUCAUUUACAUCCAAAAUUACGUUAUAAAAUUGAUUCUGCAACAACAAUUGAAGUUAGUACAAUUAUUUGUCAAUCAUCAGAAACAUUUGUUCAAUCGAAUCAUGAUAUUAAUUCAUUACCUGUUCAUGAUCGUUCAAUUGUUUUACGUGGCGCUGUGGAUAAUAUCAGUUGUCUUGGUGGACCUUGGAUAUUACGUCAAUCGGAACUUAUCGAAAAUUCAGCUUUUCGUAAUGGUUUGGAAAUUACAUAUGGUUCAAUUCCAUAUCAACUAACUUUAAAAGUAAUUUCAUCAUUAGAUCAAAAUAUGGAUCUCAUUAAAUUAACAUUAUCAUUAUUUGCUUUUUGUACAAGUAAUUGUACGGUAUUUGGUAAAAAUGCUUCAUUUCUGUUUUUAACUGAUAUGAAAUCAGUUUUAAAUAUACAAAAUAUUUAUGCUGAAGCUAUAUGGAAAUAUUUACUUUAUAAAUAUGCAUUUGAAGAAUCGGUUAUACGUUUUAGUCAUCUUAUUGAAAGUAUUCUUGCUGCAAUUACUGUUCGAACACAUCUACAAACUGUUAACAGUCAUACUGAUGUUAUUGAUACACUUAUUGAAAAUAUUGAAAAAGUUCAAUUAAAUAAAAACGCUGACUAA